UUUAAAAAAAUUAUCAUGUAUGAGGAACAAGAACAAAUUGAGCAAGAAGAAUUAAUUGAGCAAGAAGAACAAAUAGAACAAAUAGAACAAAAUGAACAAACAGAGCAAAAUGAACAAAGAGAAAUAAUUCAAAUAAAUAAAAGAGGUAGAUCAAAAUCUAUAGUAUGGGGAACAUAUAUUAAACAAGGAAAACAGAUUUCAAAAAGUCAUUAUAAUGCUACUUUAAAAGAUAAUUUAAAAAAAUCAAAUAAAAAAAGAAAACUUAACAAAAAACAAUCACAAACAAAAGUUAGUGAUUUUAUUGAAAGUACAAAAUUAACUGAUGAAAGAAUUAAAGAUAUCAAUCAUGCACUAGUUAAAGCUUUUGUAGUAUCUCAAGAAAUAGCUAUUAUAAAUCAAAAAGUUAUUACAGAAAUAAAUAAUCAAGACAAUUUAACUUUAU